UGAAUUUUCUUGACCUCAACCUGGUCUCGCGAUUCCCAUAUCGAGAUCGAGACAUCACCAAUCUAUUUCAAGUCCUCCCUUGCGAGGACUGCGAACGACACUUCAACCAUAGUCCUGUAUCGAACCGGAGUAUCUGCGAGCACCGCAUCGAGAAAUGAGCCUCGAUGCAGUGUACAAUACAUAACGAUAGGUAGCCCUCGAGCUCACAGCAGCCAUGGUAGAGUCGCCCCCAGGUUCGAAAUUACCACCUACCCUCCAAGCCAGACCUCCCACUCCUCCUCGAGAAUCCAAUCAAAGUAAUACGAAAUCCUCCUUUGUUGGACGCCUCUUCCGAUCCUCUUCCACUCGACGAUCUUCUGCUCCGGUUUCUUCAACAUACACACCAGAUUCCUCUGCAGAAUCUCCAACUGCUUCUGGGUCAUCUCGAAAGAGAGUAGGAUUUUCGGACUGGCCUCAGUACAAAGACCCUCCUACCGUUUCUUUCGACGGGAAGGGUGUCUUGAAGCACCCCGUCCAACCGCUUCCCCCGUCUGCAGAACGCAAACCCUCGAAAUCGAUAUUGAAGGCGCAUAAUGGGAAUCAAGAACAGGACUCACUGAACAUAGAAGGUGGCAAUACCGCUCUCCUACCGCUGCACCACUACGCAACCUUCUCAAAGAUGCUCGAGUCCAUUGUGCAGCAGCUGGCUGGGAAAGAUAGGAGUUCCAAGGUGGAUGCAUACCUCAUGCUUUGUGGGUCUCUCAAGGCAUCAGACAAUGUACCAGACCCGAAGGCGUUGAAGGAUCAAAUGGGCCUCUUGUGCCAGUUCAUCGAGCGAGAUCUUUCCCAGAAGUUGGACAACGGAAAGCCAGAUUCCAGUCUUAUGGUCCAUGGCUUGACCCUACUUGGUUGCUUUCUCCACAAACCUUCGAUCGCCGAAUCCCUCCCCGUCGACUUCACCCUUCGAUUUGUCGACCAUGCAAUCAGAGUACUUGACGAUGGCUCCAUGUCGAAAGAGGUCACGAAGCAUUUGAUGUUCAUGCUGGCACAACAAAAUUUCUCGACAAAAGUAAUGAACCAGGAUCGCGUGGGAAAGCUGAUCGCAGCUCUUCACACCAUCGAGGACAGGAUCAAAGGCAAGAGUAUUGUUCACAGUCGACUGCAGAUCUACCGUACACUUCUUCGACAGUCCCGCAAUCAUAUGUUGGUCCACACGGUAUGGAUUGAAGAUCUGUUGAGCGAUAUGCUCAGUAGCCUCAAGGACAUCCGUGCCACCGCAAUCGCAUUUGGCCUUGAAGCUGGAUUCAGUCUUGGUAUUGAACACAGCGCGUCAAGGGCAAUGCAAAGUAUCCUCAGGGGGGAGUGGGCGGAAGGGCUCAAAUUUAUCGACUAUUACAUUGAGCGUCUGAAAACAUCCAGCAAGAACAGGGAAGAAAGCUCCACGGUCCCACAGGUCUGGAGUGUUGUGAUUCUCUUUUUCCGUUCGAAACCUCAAUGCCUAGAGCAGUGGCAAUUUUUCUCGCAGUUUCUUGGAGUGCUACAAGCAUGCUUCAACAUUGCCGACAACCCAACGAGGACAGAAGCCCAUUAUGCCUGGAAUCGCUUGAUAUUCGCAGUUCGACCCAACGAGAAGACUUCACCAAAACUCCGAGCAAUGCUGUUCCAAGCACUCUCUGCUCAACUCAAGCGCAAGUCAUCCAGCGGACGCAAGAGGACGCUGAGCAGCAUAUAUACCCUUCUCUACUACACACUCAACCCGACCUCAACGCAUGCCGAGUUAGACAUGUAUUGGGAUGAACUACUUGUGCCCCUAGUUAACGACUGUCUCACUACGUCCAAGAAGGAGAUUGCGGCCUCGGAGAUGGCCAAGGUAGAUGCCGUUGAGGCUUGCCUUAUCCUGCAAUGUCUAUUUGACUCUCGAACCCCACGCAAGUGGAGCGAGACCCGUGCGAUGGACAACUUGAUGCAGAAUGGCAUGGAUGCAAAGGAACUACCAGCUCUUGACUCCAAAUGGCUGCGGAAGAACCACACUCGAAUCUUUGAGCUCUUGCAACCCCUCUUGCAGAAACUCUACUGGGAUCUAGGAGAGGACUCUGCCAUUACACGACUGUGGAAAUCAUAUGUUACGUCGAUCGCUUCAGCAGCUAUCAUGGAAGUGAAGGUUUCGUUUGACAUGAUGUCCUGCAUUGCUUCUAUCUUUGGAACAAUUCAUAAGUUUUGGGGAGUUGGACCUGAGGCUCUAGGAAGCUUAUCUGCAACAGUUCCAUCGAGUAAGCAUGUGGCAUUUUGGAAGGGGCUCGAAACGAUCUUGACAAUAUCAAUUGAGGGUUUGGGCAUCCUUCCCUUCACCGACAAGACCCUAUCCAUCAAGCAUGAUAAUUUCAUUGCCGUUGCGACGCCAUCCCAACAGCCCAAGAAGAUCCGACUUGAGACGAAGUCUCCCCUGUAUCAUCUCAUUUCCCUCCUCUCUAAUACUUCGUCUGUUUUGGUCUUUGAUCAUGGAUUUUCACAAAUGAUCCACAACAUUUUAGUCCCUUUCUUCGAGAAGAAGUCAUCAAAACAAGCUCGGGUAGAGUUUGUGAAAGACCUGGUAGUCUUAUUACCCACAGAAGCUACUUUGUCUGUGAAGUCACUCUGGCAGGCUCUUGCCGAUUUUGCAGUGAUAGCCAUAGAUACGAGAGAGAGGGCCGAACCUGCUAUCUCCAGUGAAAUUCCUCUCGGCACAAAUUAUCGAUACGUCGUCAGCGUCUUGGAGACAGGGAUUCUGUUUUCUCCACAGCGUCCAAUGCCUAGAUGGAAAAUCUUACUCGAGGCUGUCAUUGUGUCAGCAACAUUGGAUGCUGGAGAGUCUGGCAAAGCCAUCGCUGUUCUCGAACCUCUUGCAAAGACACUCAAAUCUAGGGCGACGACUUCUGAAAGUGGAAUAUUUGGGUUGACUUAUUUGUCCAUUCUCCUGGGGAAAGCUACUUACCCCAAAGAUCGACAAGCUCUUGAUGCAGCAGAACGGACGCUUUGGGGCUCAAAGCAAUCGAGUUCGAAGACGACAUCUUUCGACCCUUAUAGUGAACUUUACACAUACACUCUAUCUUGUCUCGAAUCGUCCUACCCAACGUUUGUCAAAAGCCAGUUCCCCGACUAUGCCGACCUCGUCUCAGGCAUCACAGGUUUAUUGGGACGUUGUCCAGUCAAUUUACUAGAGGCUGUUCUUGCAAAUCUGCAAUCUGGUAUCGCACUUUGGAUCGUCGACUUGGAAUCAAAGCUCACUGGCGGGAAUGCGCUGGCUUCGGCGAUCAUUUCAUUAUGGGCAACGGUUUGCAAGUCAAUUGCCACGUUGUGUCAAAGUCGCACACAUACCAAGAUCUUGAAAGAUUUUGAAGUCCUUAUUUGUGCCGGACUUCAAAGUAAACACAAAACGGUUGUCAAUAGUACAAUCGUGAUGUGGAAUGCUACUUUCGGUCUUUGCAAAAAUGGACUUGAAUAUCCUCAAAAUGCCAAGGAAGCGCUUCUCAAACUCCAUUCUAUCGUGGAACUUCAACUUCCAUUCUUCCCGGAGAGUUUGGAGACUGAUGCUGCAUCGACUGGUCACCGACAACCCGCCUCUCUGAUCGGCCAACUGGGUGAGUCCAGCCAAUAUUCGGGAUUUUCCUCCAUGGACUCGGCAAUCAAUGGGUAUCUUGCGCCUCCAGGACCGAAAGUCAUGCAGAAGAUCCGCCAGUCAACGCCUCAGGUCAUCAUCAACACUCGUCGAUCUGAGUCUCUCAAGCGGUCGCGUGAAGAAACACCAGAAGCAGGUCGCAAAAACUCAAAGAGACGUGAUGUCACUCCAAAAUUGCGGCACGAUGACUCGCAGGUACAGUUCGCGGCCAUACCUUCGUCAUCACCGGGUUUCGACAGGGUCGUUGAUUCGCAGCUGUUGACAGAGAAGCAGAAAGAAGUAAGGGAACGGCAACAAGCUGAGGCUGCAAUGUUUCCGGAUCUACGAUCAAGUCCACGACCACGUGGCAGGCUGCCUGAAUCCGAAGAUGUUGAGCCAGAUCUUCCAAUACAUCGCUCAUCUUCCAAGAUUCGGGACAUGAUUUCACGUGGGACUGAGCGGGAGACGACGCCUACUGUUGUUAUACCUAGCGAUGAUGAUAAUGGUUACGUUGCGUCGUCACCAACACCAACUCCAUCUCUUCGGGCACGGGUCGAGGACCCUCCAUCUUCUCCUCCAGAAGCAGCGGCGAAACGAAGGGACCCUGCGCGUGAUGAGCAGAUCUCAUCUUCGCCGCCAGAGGGAACACCAGAACCUAUCAAUGCAGCUAGUCCAGCAUUUCAUGCUUUGGCUGAUACAGCUGUGGUGUUGGAUGACCAACGCCUAGAGGAGCCUCAAUCGGACCACAAUGGCACUUUCGAGCCUGGGAAUGAAGACAUACUCUUGGAGAUCACGGAAGCCAACAUCGACGAUGACGAUUCAGUUUCUAGCCCCAGGGCGGCUUUCACUACCGGAGAGGACAUACCCGAUAUUGCACUCAUUGAUCACACGGACAUGAAUGUAGAUGAGAAUGAUAUAAGCCAACGAGAAGAAGCAAAGUUGCUUGACGCAGGAAACGAUACCACGCUGUCUAUCGACCCUUCAGCUCAAAUCGAUCCAGAUGCAAUGGAGAUCAAGUACAUCAUUUCUACCAAUGAUAUAUCAAUCAAUGAGCGCAGUAGCUCCCCUACCGAAGAUCCAUCUGAGCAACUCCGAGCGUCUCAGCUUGAGCAUGAAGCUAUCUUAGCAUCAGCAGAAGCUCAAACUUCCCAGCACCAGCUGUCAAAUGACAAGCACUCCUCUGAGUCUGUGCCAAGCUCAAUUGCCGAGCUUGAGAUAGAGCCUGUCUACGAGCCUGAAACACCAGGUACUCCUGUGCGACACGGAUUGGCGUCAGAACCACACUCUCCAAAGACUCCACUAUUCGUCGAUGCUUUGACUAGUCCCGCAGGUUCUGAUAAACACGAUGUUUUCGAGGAUGCUGUAUCGUCGCCGCGGCUCACCAAAGCACCUAAGAUGCAAGACUCGUCUUCCCCUCUAAGUGACAUGGACGAGUCUAGUUUGUUGAGGGUAGUAGCCGGGUACGAUCAAAGCUCAGACAAGCAUGUUUCUUUCCUCGACGACAAAGAGAAUCAACCAAGGCAAACACGAUCAUCGCUGUCCAAGGGCACGCAAGGCAUAUCUUCUCCAGCUGCGUCAGCUUCUGCGCCUUCACGCAAAUCUGCCAUGCGAAAGAAAUCUGGUGCUCAGCAAUCAUCACAAGCUGACGAAGAGGUGCUUCGCUCGGAGGUCGAUCAAUUCCAAACAUCAUCACUACCUUCACUGAUUCCGGAGACCCCUGCUCCAAAUACCGGCAAUCUUCUCGAGCCAGAUGCGCAAUCUACCCUGGUCUAUCGUGACGACGACGGGGAGGUGAUCAACAUGGAUGAGACUAUUAUUGUUGAUACCUCGAUUCUCGAACUUGAGGGUGGUCUCCGAACCCACAAGCGCAGCCCACGAAAGAAGGGGAGAAAGAGAAAGCACAUCGAAGAGCAUACGAGCACAAGUGAACUUCCUGAUAUCCAAGGUGGUGACAUUGAGGAUGAUGUCCAUUCGCAAUCGCUCAUUAAUACAAGCACACCGCCGCCACCCAGUGUGCAGGCCUCGUCAUUCGUGAGAGCAGUGACCCCCACGAAGAAGAAACGUAAAGGGAGGCCGAGCAGGGCAUCUCAAGCUCGUGUGGAGGCUGAGAGUUCUCAAGAAAUCGGAGCGAGUCAAAGCUUUACAUCAGCUGAUGGUGACAUAUCGAUGGCAGACACAGAGAUAUCAAUGAUGGCGGAAACUUCGGUAUUGGAGCAACCCGAAAUAAAACAGGUGUUGCCCAUUCCAUCAGAGACCGAAGAAAUUCAAGCCAUAGUAGAGGAUGGACCAGAGAAGAUCAGUGGUAUCGACCAAAUCGAGAUGGAGGACGAUAUCGUUAUGGAUACGAUUCUACUGGACGAUCCUAGCAGCUCAGACAUGGAUGUGGUUGCGGAAACAACUUUUGAGGACAGUAGCUCAGCUGUUCAACAAAGCUCCAUGCAGCAGCCCGAAGUUCACACCCAUAAAGAGAAUGUCGUUGAGCAGGUAGAGAUCGUAUCGGCGGAGAACGAGGCGCCAACCUCCAACGGGUACAUUGCAAAUGAUUCGAGCUUCAGUCCCGCUGCUGCUGCUGCUGUUGGAGAGAUAUCUGAAGAUUUGGAGUCAAGUCUACCAAAGUAUGCUGGCGUUGACAACAGCAUUGGAGUGGAAACUACUGGCGCGAAGAUUGAUAGCGUACCUGUACACGAUGCCGAGCGAGAAAGUGCUCAAGAAGAUUCAAAGGUUGAAGAGAAGCCUGCAGUCACGAUGCAGAGUAUGAAGGAGAAGCUCCAGGGCUUGAUCACUGAUCUACGCAGUGCAGCACUUAAUAGACAGGAGAUUCACGAACUGGAGGAUAUGUUUAUGGAUGCCAAAAGAGUCCUGUAUGAUGUAGAAUUGCGAGGGCGUCAAUCGGCGGAUAUGUGAUUUCAAUUGCAUGGCGGUCGGAGUUCCUGGGUUGGGCGGGCCUCCUACAUUUGCUCAUUGGGGGAUUGUGAAAAGGUAUCAAUGGUUUGCAUCAGGGACGUGUUAUUUUGCUCGCUCGUGUAGCUAAAGAUACCAAUAUUAUUGUGUUACAUCC